GAGGCUUUGGGGUGGACUUCUCCCUGGCUACAGAUGACUUCAAAUCAGGGAUUGACCUGGUCAGUCAGAAAAUCCUCUCCCAUGGAGUGACCUCCUUCUGUCCCACCCUGGUGACCUCUCCUCCAUCUGUGUACCACCAGGUUCUCCCUCAGAUCAGUAUAAGAAAUGGUGGAGCCCACGGAGCAGGUAUCCUGGGGGCCCAUCUGGAAGGACCGUUCAUCAGCAAGGAGAAGAAAGGGGCGCACCCAGAGCACUGCCUCCGUACCUUCGAGGCAGGUGCCUUCCAGGACCUGCUUGCCACCUAUGGGUACUUGGACUGUGUCCGGAUAGUCACCCUGGCCCCCGAGAUGAAGAGGAGCAGUGAGGUGAUCCAGGAACUCACCAAGCGGGGCAUCUGUGUCUCACUCGGUCACUCGGUGGCUAAUCUCUCCCAGGCUGAGGAGGCUGUGCAGCACGGUGCUACCUUCAUCACUCACCUCUUCAAUGCCAUGUUGCCGUUCCACCAUCGUGACCCUGGGAUCGUGGGGCUGCUGACAAGAAUCUUCUAUGGCAUGAUCUCUGAUGGCAUCCACACCAACCCUGCCGCCCUGCGAAUAGCCCACCGAGCCCACCCCAAAGGCCUGGUGCUGGUGACGGAUGCAAUCGCUGGCAUGGGGCUGGCACCAGGUCGGCACACGCUGGGUCAGCAGGUGGUGGAGAUUGAUGGGCUGAACACCUACAUUGCAGGCACAAAGACCCUGAGUGGUAGUGUGGCAACCAUGGACACGUGUGUGCGACACUUCCAAGAAGCCACAGGGUGCUCGGUGGAGACCGCGUUGGAGGCAGCGUCUCUGCAUCCCGCCCAGCUCCUGGGGAUUGAACACAAAAAGGGGACACUAAAUUAUGACUCCGAUGCAGAUUUCCUGAUGCUGAAUGACAGUCUGUAUGUGCAAGCCACAUACAUCGCGGGUGAGGAAGUCUGGAGACAGGAUGCGUUAGGCAUGUGACGCUGGGCUGUCCUGGUGCCCUCUGAGGCUCCCUGGCACUGUUGUUAGCAGCUUUGGUAACCACCCCACUUCU